AUGUCUGGGGAAAGAAUCUCUGUCUUGCAGGUUUCAUCGUCUUUUGCCACAGGGCCCAGACAAGGCGAUGGCACAUUCUAUGAGUUUCGUACUUAUACUGUGAAACCAGACAAGAUGAAAGACUUCCUGGAACUGACCAGCAAAAACAUACACCUUCGGACCACGCACUCGCCAAUGGUUGGCUAUUGGACCGCGGAGUUUGGGGGAAUGAAUAAAGCUUUCCAUAUCUGGAAGUAUGAUAGCUUUGCACAGAGAGCUGCUGUCCGGGCAGCUUUAGCCAAGGACCAAGAAUGGCAGGAAAAAUACAUGUCCCGAAUGCUGCCCUUGUUAGAUAAACAAGAGAAUGAAAUUGCUUACCUGGUGCCCUGGUGCGAACUUGGCAGCCCUCCAAAGGAUGGAGUCUAUGAGUUGGUUACUUUCCAGAUGAAACCUGGUGGGCCUGCAGUGUGGGGUCAGUCCUUCAAAGCGGCCGUGAGUGCUCACAUAAAGACUGGCUACACUAAGCUGAUUGGCGUCUUCCACACAGAGUACGGACUACUUAACAGAGUUCAUGUGCUUUGGUGGAAUGAGGACCCGGAUAGCCGGGCAGCUGGGAGGCAUUAUGCUCAUGAGGAUCCCAGGGUAGUAGCAGCAGUGCGGGAAAGCGUUCAAUUUCUGGAGUCUCAGCAAAACUUUCUUCUGCUACCCACAGGAUUUUCACCACUGAAAUAGUUUGUUUUACACUUUC